CUCAGUUCCGCUCCCGUCACUUCCGCUCUCAUCUUUCCCAACAUGGCGGCGUCCGCCAUCCGAUCUCGGCGCUUCAAGUGGGCUUUGGAGCUCGGAACGGCGCCGGGCGGCCGCCCCCGCGGAGCCCCCGAGAGCCGCGGCCCGGUCGGUUUCUCGGAGCGGCAGAUGGGGGAGGGCGGCGUUCACGAGAGCGACCGCAUCCUGGUGGAGAAGCGCUGCUGGGACGUGGCGCUGGGCCCGCUGAAGCAGAUCCCGAUGAACCUGUUCAUUAUGUACAUGGCCGGAAACACCAUCUCCAUCUUCCCCGCCAUGAUGGUCGGCAUGAUGGGGUGGCGCCCCCUGCAGGCGCUGCUCUCCUUGUCCUCCACCCUGAAGCUCCUCGAGUCCUCCAGCGCCCGCCUGCUGCAGUUCCUGGUUUUCCUGCUGGGCAAUGGCCUGGGCCUGGCUUUGGCCCUAUAUAAAUGCCAGGCUAUGGGGCUGCUGCCCACCCACGCCUCUGAUUGGCUGGCCUUCAUCACCCCCCCCCAGCGCAUGGAGGUGACGUAA